AUGGGCUGUUUCGUUUGGGGCGUUAUCUUCCGGCAUGGGGUCGGCCAUGAUCUCAUCAUCAUCAUCGAGCAAUGGUUCUAUUGGUUCGAUUUCAGAGUGGCCCGGGAUGCCGUGGCGUACGUGAAACGGGAAUUGCGAACCCGCGGCCCGACCAUCGUGGAGCGGCUGUUGUCCCCGCGGUACCUGCCGGCCUUUUCCACGGCCCGUGACCUGGCCACGUUCCUCCGCAUGCACCCCGACCUGUUUGAGAUCCACGCGAGUCUGGUGUCACUGGUGCCCUGCGACAGGGACGACGAUGACGACACUGUCGGCAACAAUGGCGGCCCGACGUCGGAAAAUAAACGUCCGGGAAGGUCGUCAGCGUCGGUCAAGGACAGGGUGAACUCGGUGCUCAUGAAAACGCUGUCGGAGAACGCGGGUCGGGAUCGGGCCCAACAGCACCUGGUGUCGACGACGACCGGGUUGCUGGUUCUGCAACCCGGUGGGUCUGACAAUCCCACCGACCCGAAUGCUGCCAAGGCGCUCCGAUCUGUCCACGUCGUCACUGGGGUCAAAGAGAGCCGGGCUAUCGUCAGUGCUGUCACUCAGCAGCGCCUCUGUGGCGUCGAUGUCCUGGGAGUGAACACUGGGCCUGAAGGAGCAGCAACAUUGAUUACCCUGGGGACAUCUGAUGGAAAGAUCCACGUUAUCGACGUGAUGGUGAGCCCCGAGUUGGUGGGCGAGGGACACUUGAAGCAGCUGCUGGAGGACGAAGGCGUCGUCAAGGCAGCACAUGCAGCUUUAGAACAUCAAGAAACUGGGAAACCAUUGCACAAGGUGAAAAACGUGGGAUUGGCUGCGGUUUGCGAGAUUUACGGAUCUCCGAUAACUCCAGUACGAUCCGGUGGGAAACGAGAAGCGACAUCUUCUAACAAAGCAGUGACAGGGAGCAGCAGGCGGGACCAGAGAUACUGGGCCAGACGCCCGUUGACAGACGACAUGCUGACGUGUGCCGCGUUCGACGUGCUGGCGCUGGUGCCCCACUUGCACGACGCCAUGCAGGCCAGGCUGACCCCGGGCACCCGGGCCCUCUUGCGGGACCUGUGCGCCGAGCAGGUGGGCCACUUCAUCGCCCGCGACGACGUCCGCCAGCGGAAGAAGGCCCGCAAGCUGGGCGUGGAGCUGGCCGAGCUCAGGGACAAGCUGGCCACUGCGAGUCCCGGCAAGACCAUGUUCCUGUCCAAUCGGGAAAUCCGGCUCUUGAGACACAUGGACCUGACGGACGAAGAGAAGGAGAAGUUGGAGGGUUCGGAGAAGGUGCAGAAAAAGCUGGAUCGGAUCCAGGGGGGCGGGAGGAACGACCGAAUUUCCAGCGAGGCGUCCAUCAGCAGACAGAACCUAGACAGUUUGGGCGCUGGUUCGGACACGGCCGACUUCCCGUCCCUGGAUUCCGCCUUCACCGACAGCCACACGUCGCCCGACUCGUCGCUUGCCAGCUCAACAGGUGAUUCCAGGAUCGAACCCGUCUUUUGUUUAAUUUUUCGUGCGAGAGCAGCAGCUGGUGGUGGUGGUGCUGGGCCCCGAGAUGCGGACGUCAGUGACUGCAGCGUCCUUAAAUAG